GUCGUCAUCAUCAUCAUCAUUAUCAUCAUCCAUCCUCGUUGUCGUCAUUAUCAUCGUCCUCGUCACUCAGUCAACAGUAGCGACGGAGUCGCGGCACGCGAGGAAUCUCACGCGGCGCGUUUUGUGACAUUCCGCGCGCGCCGUCACAAACGUGUUGCUCUUCCGCGACGGGAAAAAAAACCAGGAACAAGAUAGCUCGUCUGUAUGCGCGCAUCCGCGUCGACGACGGGUCGCUGACAGGCGAUUCACAACAGACACGGCCGCGCCCGUUCCUCGCGCGAUUUCGCCGAACUUGCUACUCUCAGGAAAAACGAAGUUACGCGGAAACGGUGGUCACCGUGAAAUCGACGUCUGUCGGAUCGCACGAGGGUCCGUUUGGAAAUCGAUGAUAGAUGUGUAACGCGGUGUGAUUACUUCAUUUGGUAGUCACGAGUCCGGAGUGAGCGAAGAGCAGUACAUUUCUAGUAAAAGGCAUCUUUAUAUUCAUCACUUUUAGGCUUUUGUUGUGAUUCGGAGUAUUUAAUAUUUCUGGGCAAUACAUUUCCUAGAACUUCUUCAACUACGCCAGUGAUAUUUCAUUAAUCAAGAAUGGCAAUGCAAAAGAUGAGGAGACAAGGUCAAGACGUCAUGCAGAUGAAUCUAGCAGGUAUUAGACGAGAUAUUAUGAAUCUCGCCCAUAACUAUAGCAAUGCUCAGAAAGCUGUACGAAAAGCUACCAGUAAUGAUCCUUGGGGUCCAAGUAGUACACUUAUGGCAGAAAUUGCCGACUUAACAUACAAUGUUGUAGCAUUUACGGAGAUUAUGCAAAUGUUAUGGAAGAGAUUAAACGAUCAUGGGAAAAAUUGGCGGCACGUAUACAAAGCUUUAGUUCUCUUAGAGUAUCUCAUCAAGACAGGAAGUGAAAAAGUAGCGCAACAGUGCAAAGAGAAUAUUUUUGCCAUCCAAACUUUAAAAGAUUUCCAAUACAUGGACGGGCAUAAAGAUCAAGGAAUUAAUGUGCGGGAGAAAGCAAAACAAUUAGUGGCCUUAUUAAAAGAUGACGAGAGAUUGAGAAACGAGCGAGCUCGUGCAUUGAAAGCAAAAGAGAGAUUUGCACAGUCUGUUAGUGGUUUUGGAAGUGACGGUUUAGAUACGAUGUCUCCUGUUAGCAGAGACUUUCAGGAUUGGGAGCCUUGUAAUUUAUCUGAACCAUCGGCUAGACGUGCAACGGAACUGGAAGCCGCAAGACCGCAAACAGUAGGAGAAGAAGAAUUACAAUUACAACUGGCCUUGGCUAUGUCUAGAGAAGAAGCGGAGCAAGAGGAACAAAGAAGGCGUAGCGAUGAUGUAAGAUUACAGUUAGCCCUCAGCCAGAGUCAGCAAGAUUUUAAAGCUCCGCAAUCCGAGAAGCAAAGUCACAUUUUAGAUUUACUUGAUGUACAUUUAGGAGAAGCAAGCGGUUCUUCUGCGCAAGCACAAACCGACCCUUGGGGCGUUCCGAUAACUGCGCCGCCCAGACCUCAGUCUUUGGAUUUAUCUAAGUUACAUGAAUAUAAGCCACAAAAUGAUCCGUGGAGUGUUCCCACAACGAGUACUACGUCACCCUCGGUAGAUCCGUGGACACCUGUUCCUCAAAGAUCAGCUAACGCUAUCGAUCCAUGGCGCGCACCUGCACCAUCUCCUGCUACGGUCGUAUCUCCUCCUCGUGCGAAUGAUCCUUGGUUACCAGUUCCAUCUACUACUGAAUCAGAAACGAACAAGACUCAAGAUGGCAUAGCAUCGUCAUCAUCUUUCAGCAACUCAACUUUGACGCAAAACAUCGGCUUUGCAACACAAUCUCCUCAAAAUUUAGGCUUUAACUUACCGCCAGCGUCUUCAACCGCUACUACUCUCAGUACUACCAGCAAUGGUUUCAACGGUACAGGAUUGGGGUUUAGCAAUUUUUCUUCUCAGAAUAAUGGUAACGCCGUUGCAACGAGUCCGCUAAGUGAUUUAGACGAAUUCGACGUCAUCAGUAACAGAGCAAAACUUGGAAGUAGUCCACAAACAGUUAAUAAUGAUGGUACAUCAGCAUCAGGAGAUCCCUUCGAUCUGGGAAGCAUGGCUGAUAAUCUUCCUGCCAGCACAGGUGCUGUGAAAAAAACACCACAAUCCUUCUUAGGGGAAAAUUCUGCGCUUGUCAAUUUGGAUAAUCUCGUCAGUGCUUCGGCGAUUAAACCUGCCGCUCCUACGCCUGCAACAACUAUGUCAUAUCCAGCAAAUCCGUUUGCAACUGUGACGCCACCACCCCGUCCUACAAUCAAUCAGAUUCGACAGGAUCCAUGGACAGCAGCAAAUACAUCUACUGCUAAUCCGUUCCUCUCGUAGCCUGAUCGAUCAAUCGAAAUCUUCAUAGUUAUUGCGGUCUACGAGACAUGAUUUGCAAUUCUACUUGUAAUUCUAUACGGUAUAGAUUUCGGUUAACGAAAAAAAUACUUUAAUUGUAGCAAUUAUUAUGUGAGAAGGGUGAAACGCGAUGUAAGAAGGAAAGACCAUCAUCCCAUCAAUGGAUAUUUAUUAAUUAAAAACCAUUAUUUUUCAAUGAAUUAUAUAACGUAACACACUUAUGACCGUUGUACAAGUUUUUUUUCUUUCUUGCAUGUACUAAUCGCUUUUUAAAGUUUAUUGUGGAGUAAUCACUUAACAACUAACUAAUAGAAGUGUGAAAUAUGUGUAAUUAAAACGAUGGUUGGAUAGUUGAAAAGGUACAACACACCUAAAUCAUGUUUUAACUUUGUGAACGCUUAAGCGAUUCCAAAGUACGACUAGAUUUUAUAUAAACUUCUUUCUCUAUAUGAACUAUUUUCUAUGUACGAAUCGAUUCAGGGAAAGACUGCUCAGCAAUGUCGCUUCGCUGUUUGGAUAAAAGAACAUAAGAUAAAGCUGGUGUUAAGAUCGGUUUGUGCGUUUUACAUUUGUACACAUGUUUUCUACAGUAAAAACGAGAUCGUGAGACUGUAAUCGUGAUCUGGAAAUGCGUUGUUAUAUCGACCAGGGUUCUCCGUUCGCGUUAAAUGCGCAUAGAUUUAUGGUUUGCAAAAUUCGUAAGUGUGGCUUACUUUUUAACAGAACUUGUAGCGCAGGGACAGCUACUGUGUUGCACAGAAACACGAAUUUGUUACAGCUGUACAGACGGUCAGUUCACAGAUAACGUACACGCUAUUUGACACACAUAGGACACUUUUAAGUGAAACAAAAACUGUGAAAGUAGUAUUUGCAUUAUUUUGACGGCACAUCGAGUAAAUAAUCUUGUGUUGUUUUUAUUACCUGGAUAUUCGGUUUCGAUCAACCGUAAAUACUACGUCAAGUUCGUGCAAACUUAACGUGGCCGAAGAAUCAAAUUCAAAGAGAGCAAUGAAAUAAGAAUUUACGUAUAUCCGCCGCGUAUUUGUGAGAAUCAUCGAUGUAUAAAUUGAAAUAACAAAUGCGUUAUUUCUUAUCGAAGAUCGUGUAUUCAAUUCAUAUUUAACAUUUUUACCGAAAUCCCUCAAGGUAUUUAAAAGCGAAGUCGCUUGUAGAAUAAAUAAUAGCAAAUCUAUACAGAGCAAGUUCUUGCCUACUCGCUACCCGUGUUUUUAAAAUUCGCAUGACUUGAACGAUACAAAUCAGAUUUCUUUGUGUGUAACAAAUUUAUUAACAUGUAUUUUGAUUUAUAUAACAAAAAAAAACAAAAAACAAUGUACAUAUAUAUUAUAGUGUAUCGUUCCCCACUUGUCAAAUGUUUGUGGUGUGCUUUAUAUGUAAGAAGUUUUGAUAUAUUUCCCACGAGGCUAUUGCUCGACUCAUCGUCAUUGCCAUGUUCUAUUCUUGUAGAAAAUAGUAUUGUUUAAGGGGUGUAGAAAAUACAACUUAUACAUGAAUAACAUAAAGAGCUAAACUUUUUUAAAAGAAAAUGAUCAAACUUUUACAUGAUGUGUAUCAUCAUUUACUUCAAAAAAACAAAAAAAUAAAAAAAAACAAAAAAAAAACGAUACAUUUUCCAAUUUUAUACGAAGACAACUGUUCGUUGUCAAUGUCGCUACAUAACAUUGACAAAGGGGAACUGCAACCAUCGAACUAUCUCUAUUAUAAAUCAAUCGGGAAAAUUACACGAUUCAACAGUGUGUAUAAGCAAUCGAGCAAAUGUGUUGAUUCCAAUGUAUUAUUUAUCGUUACAUCUUCAAUUUCUGUUGGCUUUGCGCAGUUAACAUACUUGCUUAUAUGAGUGAAAUUGUAUAAUUUAAUCUGUAAUUUAUGCCGAUGUUCGCCAGGACAUGAAGUUAAAAUGUAUAAUAUAUAUAUAUAUAUAUAUAACGAUUGUGUAAAAAUUUAUAUUUUUAUAUAUUAUUUAAGCAAUUUUUCAAAAAUAUAAAAUGAAAGAUCCUUUGUUAACCAAUAACGCUGUUGAGCGUAUAAGGUGACACAUCGUUCUAUAUUUCUGUUUUGUAGUGCUUUUUUUGUUAUCCUCUAAUUUUGUUUCUAUACCUAUAUUUUUUAUUCAUUUUAUAUAUGUAAUAAUGAAUAUAAAAAUCAUUUAUGUACACAACUUCAUCUCUGUGCGAACAAGUAGAAUAUUUUAAAAAUUUUUAAAGCUGAUGUAAUAGCGGGAAAGAAAUUCAAAGAACAUUUAUAUAAAUAAAUAUUAUAUAUUUUAGUAGAUUA